GUUUCCGUGACGUCAUCGGGGUGUGGCCGGGGCGGAGGACGCGCUAUGGCGUACCCGGGGCAGGGCUUCCCCGGCGCAGGACAGCCCCCUCCGGCCAGCCCCUAUCAUGGGGGCCCCUACGGUGGGGGGCCGGCCCCGGGACCCUACGGGCAGCCCCCACCUGGGGGUCCCUAUGGCGGGGGGCCACCCCCAGGGCCCUACGGGCAACCCCCGCCCGGGGGUCCCUACGGCGGCUCCUACGGCGGCCCCCAGCCCGGGCCGUACGGCGGGGCGGCCCCAGGAGGGAAUGCCCCGCCAGGGGUGGAUCCCGAGGCGUUUUCCUGGUUCCAGACGGUGGAUGCGGAUCACAGCGGGUUCAUCUCCGUCAAGGAGCUGAAGCAGGCGCUGGUCAACAACAACUGGUCCUCGUUCAACGAUGAGACCUGUCUGCUCAUGAUCAACAUGUUCGACAAGACGCGGUCGGGGCGAAUCGACGUCUACGGCUUCUCCGCCCUGCUGCGCUUCAUCCAGCAGUGGAGAAGCCUCUUCCAGCAGUAUGACAGGGAUCAAUCCGGCUCCAUCAGCUUCAGCGAGCUCCAGCAAGCUUUCUCCCAGAUGGGCUACAACCUGAGCCCCCAGUUCAGCCAGCUGCUGCUGGCCCGGUACAGCCAGCGUUCUCCUAAUCCCAGUAUCCAGCUGGACCGGUUCAUCCACAUCUGCAUGCAGCUGCAGAGCCUCACCGACUCCUUCCGGGAGAAGGACACGGCGCUGGUGGGAAACAUCCGGCUCAGCUACGAGGAUUUCCUCGCCAUGGUGGUGACCCGGAUGCUGUGACAUCCCCUGCUCCAAAGGCUGGGAAUUCUGGAGCUCUCCAGGAGCUGCAGCCAUCCUCAUCUAUCCUCUAAAUGUGGCUGAGCCUCUGUGAGAGUUCCCCCUCCCCUCUCCCGGGGCCAAAUUCCCAACGUGAUCCACCCAAAGCCUGCUGGGGUUUUCCUGGCUUGGAUUCCUUGGGAGUUGGGGUGAAUCCCAUGCCAAACUGGGACAGCCAAACCAGCUUAGAUCCCGUGCCAGCCCCAAAUUCCAGCUUCAUCCCAAGGCGUCUGCAGCAGAACAUCCCCGUUUUGGGGAGGAAAAGCUGAGCCUUGGGUUUGGAAGCAGCAGGAAAGGGGGAAAAUGAGGAUAAAGCUCCUUCCUUCCCUCUCUGAGUGCCCUGGGAGCCCAUCACACCCUUGGGAAUGUUUUCUGGGGGGGUCUCAUUGCUGUUUUUGGGGGGCUGCUGGAAUGGGAUGUGCUGCUGCAGCCCCAUGGGAUCGUCCCCUCGCUGUUGCCAAUCCUGAAGCCAAAUCCAGACGAAGUUUAGAGCUCAAUUUUUCCAGCUUUGGAAUAAAAGGCGUCGUGCUCCGGC